AUGAGGUUUUCCUGGAGCGAUGGCAGUGCGGCUCACCCCAAGAUUGUCAUCACCGCCAAGGACGAUGACUUUGACGAAGUCACCAUUCAAAAUUGGAGAGCAGAAGGCUUUGAAGUAUCCUACUUGCCCUUCACUGGUUUGCGAAAUGAUUAUGUCCAUACCCUUCAACAUCUGGCUGAUCCGCUAGAGCUUGGCGAGAACUUUGCGAUAGUAGCUUAUGGAGAAGCAGCCUCGGAAGCACUCGAUGUGGCUGUGAAGCCGAUGCCGAAACUGUGCGCUUUGGUAGCAUACUAUCCCGAGAAGGUCCCUGCACCUGGUGCUAGGUUCCCUCCGAGCCACAACGUUGCAAUUCAUUUCGCUGGUCCACAAAGCAAGACGCCCAAUUGUCGCUGUUACUCAUAUCCAGGUGUUGAGGCGGGAUUUGCAGAAGAGGACCUUGAGCAGUAUGACAAGGUAUCCGCGAGCCUAGCAUGGUCGAGAUCGUUAGCAGUCUUGAGAAAAGGAUUUGAGGUUGAAGUUGAUCUUGAGAAGAUUUGGGACGACCAUGUGGCGUUGGAAUUCGUGACCAAAGACGCCGACGCAACAAUGUCGACGAUGGUCGCUCAACCAUACGUCAAUCAUAUUCCUACUAUGACAGGCGGCAUCGGGUAUAAGGAUCUCCACCGCUUCUAUCGCGAUUACUUCAUUCCUGGAAAUCCACCCUCACUAAAGAUGAAACUUCUGUCGCGGACAGUUGGCACAGACCGUGUAGUUGAUGAGAUGUAUAUGUCGUUCGAACACACCCAAGUAAUGCCAUGGCUUUUGCCAGAUGUAGAACCCACGAACAAACAUGUCGAGGUUGCGCUCGUGGUAAUUGUAUGUAUUCGAGGAGGCAAAUUAUACCAUGAGCACAUAUACUGGGAUCAAGCUAGUGUUCUCGUACAGAUUGGACUAUUGGACCCAAAGCUCGUACCAGGUGGAAAGGGCCAGGGCCGCUUGCCUGUAGUCGAUGGCGCCGGCGCGAGGAAAGUUGUUGAUGAGAGCAGCAUCAGAAGUAAUGAGCUCAUAAGCAGCUGGUGA